AUGGCCCUUGACGCACAGAGUAAUUGGAACGUAGAGAUGUCACAACCUCUCAAGUUGGCCAUCAGAUCUCAAAAUUCGGAGUCAGAACCAGUCCGUGAAUCAAUGGCAGAGCUUUACCGUAAAGCCCCUUCGCAAGAGAUUCUUCUCCCGCUGGAGGUCAUUUCUCACAUCCUGUCGUAUAUUCCACGUCGGGCGGAUACCCAGUCCACUUUCUACUCCUGCACGCUUGUAUCCAGAGUCUGGUAUUCUGCAUCCAUAUCCUUGUUAUACGAGCGACCGUAUCUCAGUGGCGGGAAUUUCAAUGCCUUCGUCACAACAGUUUGCCCCUCCAAAAAUGCACACAUACGGCAAUCCGCACUUGCUCCCCUGGUCCGCCGGCUUGAUAUGGGAGAAUUGGUGCAUAAUAGUUCUAGGAGCUUGACUGCACGAUUACUGGGCCGAAUGAAGGGAAACAUUAUUGAAUUUGUGGCGCCACAAGCCUCAUUCUCCAUCAAUUCUUUUCCCGCUCUUAGCAAAUGUACUCAUCUUCGAUACUUGGACCUAUCCCUGAUCUCCGCUUCAAUAUCAACUCGUCUACUAUUUCAGACUCUUAAAACUCUGCAAGGUCUUGAAACUUUACUCUUCCCGCGAACUUCAAACAGUGACCAAGACAGAAAUGACGAAAUAUAUGAAUGGCCACCGAAGCUACAAGGCCUUCAUUUGGCCGGUGGAGUCGACGAUCACUUCCUUCGUACAUAUCUCCACAAUUUUCCGUCGACGCUGUCACGUUUCAGUAUCCAACACUGCAGCAUGGUAUACGCCCCUGCACUCCUAGGUACUCUGGAACGUUUGGGGCCUCAACUCCAGCACCUGACCAUUCGACAUCCGAUGAAUCGUAUAGGAGUAGGUGCAUUGGAUUACGUCCUUUUAAUGUGCCCCUCUCUAACUGCAUUUCGAAUAUCGGCCGAUUUUAUCACAGAUGCGUUAUUUGAGAAUAUAACCCUUAAGCAUCCCCUGCGAAUCUUGGAUUUGGAUUGUAGCGGCACAGCGGGGACAGAGGUGGAUAUUACUGCGGGAGCAGUCUAUGAUGCGGUAGAGGAGGGUAGAUUGCCAUCUCUGAGAAGUGUUAGGGUCAGCGCGAGAUUGGCUUGGAAUGCGACGCAGAGUGGAAGACAGGAUAUAACUGACUAUGGUACUAUUCUAGCCAGAAAUGUUCAAAACUACGACGAAUAA